AUGCUCUCUCGUGCCUCCAAGUCCCUUCUAUCCCGCUCCCUUGUCUCUUCCUCCCGUCACUUCACAACUUCAGCCAAACAACUCAAAGAAGUUAGUGUCACCAUUGAUGGUGUCACUGUCCAAAUUGAAAAUGGCUCAUCUAUAAUUCAAGCAGCUGAUAAAGCUGGUGUUGUGAUUCCACGUUACUGUUACCACGAAAAGCUUGCCAUUGCCGGUAACUGUCGUAUGUGUCUUGUGGAAGUUGAAAAAUCCCCAAAAUUGGCCGCCGCUUGUGCUUUCCCAGUUCGUGAAGGUAUGGUUGUCCAUACCACCAGUGAUAAGAUUAAAGCCACCAGAGAAGAUGUCACCGAAAUGCUCUUAGAAAACCACCCUCUCGAUUGUCCUGUUUGUGACCAAGGUGGUGAGUGUGAUUUGCAAGAACAAACCCUUAGACACGGUAGAGACCGUGGUAGAUUUAAUGAAGUCGUCGGUAAGCGUGCUGUCGAAAACAAGGCUAUUGGUCCUUUAGUUAAGACUUCUAUGAACAGAUGUAUUCACUGUACCAGAUGUGUCAGAUUCCUCAAUGAUGUUGCUGGUGCUCCAGAAUUGGGUACUGCUGGUCGUGGUAACGACAUGCAAAUUGGUACUUAUGUCACUAGAAACAUUAACUCAGAAAUGUCUGGUAAUAUCAUCGAUUUGUGUCCUGUCGGUGCUUUGACCAGUAAGCCAUACGCUUUCAAAGCCAGACCAUGGGAACUUAAGAGAACCGAAUCCAUCGAUGUCAUGGAUGGUUUGGGAUCUAACAUCAGAGUUGAUACCAGAGGUAUUGAAGUUAUGAGAGUCUUGCCAAGAUUGAAUGACGAUGUCAACGAAGAAUGGAUUUCCGAUAAGACCAGAUUUGCUUGUGAUGGUCUUAAAACACAAAGAUUGACCACUCCUUUGGUUAAGAAUGGUGACAACUUCGAAACCGUGGACUGGGAUACUGCUCUCAGUACUAUUGCUGCUGCCUUCCACAAGCUCCAGCCUCGUGGUAACGAAUUCAAGGCCAUCAGUGGUGCCCUCGCUGACGUUGAAUCCAUGGUUGCUCUUAAGGAUAUGACCAACUCUUUGGGUUCUGAAAACUUGGCCCUUGACACUCCAUGGGGUUCUGAACCUCCAGCUACCGGCGCUGACAUCAGAUCAAACUACAUUUUCAACUCUACCAUCGAAGGUAUUGAAGAUGCCGACCAAAUCUUACUCGUUGGUACUAACCCACGUCAUGAGGCUGCGGUUCUCAAUUCCAGAAUUAGAAAAGUCUGGCUCAGAUCUGAUUUGGAAAUCCAUCAUGUUGGUGAAGACUUUGAAAGCACUUUUAAAUAUAACCACGUUGGUGAAACUGUCGAUUCUCUUAAGGCCGCCCUUGAAGGUGAGGUCGGUAAGAAAUUGGCUGGUGCCAAGAAGCCUUUGAUCAUUCUUGGUUCUGGUGUUUUGGAUAACCAAGAAGCUGCCACUGCUGCCUUUGCCACUGUUUCUUCAUUCGCCAAAUCCGCUACUAACUUCAAUACUCCUGAAUGGAACGGUUUCAACGUUUUGCAACGUGAAGCCUCCCGUGCUGGUGCCCUUGACAUUGGUUUUGUUGCCCCAUCUAAAUCGGUAGCUGCUGCUACUCCAAAGAUUGUCUACUUGCUUAACGCCGAUGAAUUCAACCCAGAAGAUAUUCCAAAGGAUGCCUUUGUUAUUUAUCAAGGUCACCAUGGUGAUAAGGGCGCUAGUUAUGCCGAUGUUGUUUUGCCAGGUUCUGCAUACACUGAAAAGUCUGCCACUUAUGUCAAUACCGAAGGUCGUUCACAAUCAACCAGAGCCGCCACCAAUCCACCAGGGGUUGCUCGUGAAGACUGGAAGAUCAUUAGAGCUUUGAGUGAAUACGUUGGUCAUGCUUUGCCAUACUCCGAUAUCUACUCUAUCAGAGACCGUCUUUCACAAAUUGCCCCACACUUGGUGCGUCACGAUGUCAUUGAACCAGUGAGUCCAGAAAUUGCCGCCACCGGAUUCGGGGUGUUGAGCGUCUUGAACAAGACUUCCAAAUCUGUGUUGCGUAACCCAAUUGAAAACUUCUACUUCACUGAUGUCAUCAGUAGAUCCUCUCCAACUAUGGCCAAGUGUGUUUUGAAGUUUGGUGCCAAGGUCGAUAAGGUUGUUGACGAACACCCAGAAGUGAGUAUUAUCUAA